AUGGUCCGCACUUCGGUUCUCCACGAUGCUCUCAACAGCAUGAACAACGCCGAGAAGGCCGGCAAACGCCAGGUCCUCAUCCGGCCCAGCUCCAAGGUCAUUGUCCGGUUCCUCCAGGUUAUGCAGAAGCACGGCUACAUCGGCGAAUUCGAGGAGGUCGAUGACCAUCGUUCCGGCAAGAUUGUCGUUCAGCUGAACGGACGCCUCAACAAGUGCGGUGUCAUCUCUCCCCGCUACAACGUCCGCCUCGCCGAUCUCGAGAAGUGGGUCGUCAAGCUGCUGCCUGCCCGUCAGUUCGGUUACGUUAUUUUGACCACCUCGGCUGGCAUUAUGGACCACGAGGAGGCUCGCCGGAAGCAUGUUGCUGGCAAGAUCAUCGGUUUCUUCUACUAG